AUGACCGGCAUGGAUUCUGGACGGUCGGAAAGAGACGACCAUUUGGCUCACCAGGAGAUGCAGGAGAAGCUGCAAGCCUGCCAAAGUGCAAACUCGGUAGGGGUUACACUGGCUGAGCUCAGCAGGAUAUUGCGCAAAGUCGAUCUUCGUGUAAUUCCAACCUUGGCGGUUUUGUACCUCCUAAGUUUCCUCGACCGAGGGAAUAUUGGAAAUGCCAAGAUCCAGGGACUGGCUACAGACCUGGGUUUGGAGGUAAAUCAGGCAAUAGCUGACGCUUCCAGGUGCCUCACGGUGUUUUUCUUUCCCUACUCAUUCCUAGAGCCAUUAUGCAACUUGCUGUUGCUUAGAUUGAAGCCUAGUAUUUGGCUUCCAUCUAUUAUGGUAGCAUGGGGGUAUUGUGCUCCAUCCAGUGACCAGACGUGA